AUGCUGUCGAGGCAUGCGGGCCGCAGCGCCUCUCUUCACCAUGCGGCUGCUUUCAAGUCAAUUAGAAUACCUUCCCGGCUCCCCUCUCUCCAGGCUUGUAUAUCUACCUUAAGCCCACGCAACGACCUGGGAAAAAACCUGCGACCAUGGCGUCGUGGGCUGGAUCUUGGCUUCGGCUCGCACGAGCGAACGCUUGCUACAGCCGUGGAUGACUUCAAAGUGGAGGGAAUGCCGUAUAACCACCUCUCAAACUCAUCAAUACCACCUUUCCAGGCACCGACAUCACCAUUCGAGAUUCACGCCUUCAACCCCGCAUCACCUUUGACUAUACCUGAGCCGGGACCUGCAAGGCCUCAGACAAAAAUGAACACCUACGGCAUUCCCGGCGAACCUGAAGAUAUGCUCAUGGUAUUUGACGCAUGCAUCAAAGUAGGGAAACUGGAAAGAGCAGCACUCGUGUUGAAGCGUCUUGGCACCGCUGGAACUGCAUCUGACGAAGAGCGAAUCAUUCUCAACAACCGGUAUCUCAGAGCAUCUCUCAACCAAAUGCGCACCAAGCCCGAUCGAAAGCAAGCCGAGCAGCUCCACCAGUGGUACGAGCUACAAAUAAGAAGCAAGAAUUUGCCGCAUACGGCCGAAACAAUUGCCUGCAUGCUCAAGGCAUCUCUGCUUUCUGAACGGGGCGCUAGAUUGGACCGCCUUGUAAAGCGAUACAUGGGAAUGGCACCAGACGAAGCCGGGUUACGAGUUCUAAGCAUGGACGAAAUUCUGAGCGACCAAGAUCUUGCCGUCAUUACCGAAAUCUGCCCAACUUACAAUUUUGCGGCCGAUGAAGGUGGCCUGGAAGACUCAACUCUUACGCCGGACAAGUAUGAAGAAGCGCAGGCUUCUCCUACCCUUGAGGUUGAGCUUGGCGGAACAAAAACCUUUGAAAGUGCUCCGGAGCUCAUUCCAACUCCGCAGCGAGGAGAAGGCCUUAAUACACUGAAGAAGGGCCUUGGACUCUUGUUGGGGCUACAGGAUGUGGACAUUUCCAAGCUACCGUAUUCCGACAGAGUCGACAUUCAACUUCAGCUGGAAAGAGACUCAAUUGGUUCGGCGAUUGAGAAAUGGCGUCUCGAUAACAAGAAUCUACAAAAACGAGGCGUCACCACCGCUUUAUCGCCCUCUUCCAGAGAAGGCUCCAUGUCGCAAAACAUGGCGUCGUGGAUGAGCGCCAUGGAGAGCCGCAUCCAUCAAGAACUGCGAUUGAUUGAGCUGUCAGAAGCGAAAAAGUCAAAAUCGGACAAAGAUCUCACAAGAUGUGUCUAUGGUCCGUUUAUCCAACAGGGUGAACCAGCACGUCUCGCGGCUGUAACGAUACUGUCGGUUGUCAACCUUGGAACUGUUCUCGGUGUUGAAAAGGGCAUCCCUAUAAGCAGGUUGAUUACGCAUAUUGCAAAAGCUGUCCAGGACGAUACCGAGAUGUACCAGAAAGAAUUGGCCGAGAGAAAGGCUCGACGACAGCGUAAACUUCGCUUUGUGGGCGAGGCGGACAAGUCAAAGAAGAGCAAAAAGACCGACAGCAAAGAUGCCAACCCCGCUCUACUCGAUGCAACUGAGCAGCAGAAAACCAUGGAAGAAAAUAGCCGGGAACCCUGGUCUAUACAAAUCAAAGCCCAAGUUGGCUCAAUCCUGCUACAAAUGUUGAUUGAAUCUGCCAAAAUUAACGUUGUGGCAGAGGGUUCAACAUCCAAAGAGCUGAUUAGCCAAUACCAACCCGCAUUCAAUCAUCAGACGCUACUUCGAAAGGGCAAAAAGGUUGGAGCUCUCACUUUCAACACCCACUUGGUUGAGCAGCUAAAGCGCGAGCCAAUGGGUGAUUUCAUUGCCAAGCAUCUCCCCAUGAUUGUUGAGCCCAAGCCUUGGUCGUCCUUCAGCGAAGGCGGAUUUUUGGACAGCAAAACUAGUCUUGUACGAGUGAAGCCCGGAGACGUCGAGCAAAAGUUGUAUAGCAACGCGGCGAUCAAGCGUGGAGAUAUGACGCAGGUGUUUAAAGGCCUGGAUAUCUUGGGUAAAACAGCAUGGAUCAUUAAUAAGGAUACCUUGAAUGUUAUGAUGGAGGCGUGGAACAGUGGCGAAGAGAUUGCCGACAUACCCCCUCUCAACCCAAACUUGGAAACCCCAACAGAGCCGGAUGCUUCAGCAGACCCCCUUGUCCGGGGCAAAUGGAUUCGACAAGUUAAAGCGAUCGAGAACGAGCGAUCUGGCUUGCACUCUCAGAGAUGUUUUAUGAAUCUACAGCUGGAGAUUGCGCGAGCCUUCAGGAACCAGACGAUAUAUUUCCCACACAAUGUCGACUACCGAGGAAGAGCUUAUCCUAUGCCUACAUAUCUCAACCACAUGGGUGCCGAUCACGCGCGAGCCAUUUUGAAAUUCGCCAAAGGCAAAGAGCUGGGGGUGCGAGGUCUGCGGUGGCUGAAAAUUCAUUUGGCCAACGUGUACGGCCUGGACAAGGCCAGCUUUGACGAACGUGAAGCCUUUGCGGAUGACAACGUGGCCAACAUUAUUGAGUCGGCCACCAAUCCCUUGGGAGGCAGUAGAUGGUGGCUCAAGGGUGAGGAUCCGUGGCAGUGCCUCUCUGCGUGCUUUGAACUCAAGGCCGCCCUUGAGCUUCCUGACCCCACAAAGUUCGUAUCGCAUCUGCCAGUUCACCAGGAUGGUACUUGUAACGGACUCCAACACUACGCAGCUCUCGGCGGUGACACAUGGGGAGCGAAGCAGGUUAAUUUGGAGCCUGGAGAGAGGCCUGCCGACGUGUACUCUGCGGUCGCCAACCUAGUCAAGGAGGCCAUCGCUAAAGAUAUGGAAGACGAGAACAAGUUUGCGUUGGCACUCCACGGAAAGAUAACCCGCAAAGUGGUUAAGCAGACUGUGAUGACGAAUGUCUACGGUGUUACCUUUGCCGGAGCCAAGAAGCAAAUCUGCAAGCAAAUCGACGCCUUAUAUCCCAACCUGGGCAAAGAAUGCGGCAUUCCCAACAUUCUGUUGUCUACGUAUAUUGCGAAGCAAGUCUUCCAAGCUCUUGCCACCAUGUUCAGGGGUGCCCACGACAUCCAGUAUUGGCUCGGAGAGAUUGGUGGGCGUGUGUGCCGAGCGCUGACUCCAGCUCAGCUACAGCAAAUUGUCGACUCGUACGGCGAGGGCGAGGAUGGCGCUUCUCGCGCUAGCAAAACCAGGAAAAAGGCACCUACUGGAAAGAAGGUCGAAUUCGACGAUCUUGUUCAGCAGUUUCGUUCAUCCGUUGUUUGGACAACGCCACUUCGAAUGCCUGUCGUUCAGCCUUAUCGCAAGACCACUGCACGAGAAAUCAAGACCUGUCUUCAAGCCGUCAUCUACCCUUUGAGCGACCAGACGGAUCCCGUGAAUAGGAGAAAGCAGCUCCAAGGAUUCCCUCCCAACUUCAUCCACUCUCUAGAUGCCAGUCACAUGUUGUUGUCAGCGCUGGAAUGCGAUGCUCGAGGACUCGACUUUGCUGCCGUCCAUGAUUCAUUCUGGACACAUGCCGGAGAUCUCGAUGUUAUGAAUGAAGUCUUGCGAGAUGCCUUUAUCCGAAUUCACGAAGAGGAUGUCGUCGGCCGCUUGGGCGCCGAGUUCGAGGCUCGCCACCAGGGGUCCAUCUAUCUUGCAAAGAUUGACCCCGAUACCCCUGUCGCUCAAAAGAUCAAGGAACUACGCAAGAAGAGCAAACUGUCUCCGAAGGAGGAACUCCUCCUUGAACACAAGCGCAACCAGCUGAAGCUCUCCGGGAAUCCCUGGGACCUUGAAGCUGCUAAGCAAAUCGUCACCCCCGCAUCUGUGUAUGAGGACAUGAUGGCUGCCGAAGUCGACAUGGAUAUCCAAGAGGAUGCCAAGGAUAUCGGACUUGGUGCCAUCCCGGAAGACGAGGCCCCCAGCGUAAAUGCAGAGGAGAUUGAGGCCCAAACCGGAGACUCUUCUCAAGCUGCGGAGCUGGCUGAGCGGCUCAUGAAAGAUAUGGAGUCGUCCUUCUUCGAAACCCAGCUUGCGGGACAGAAGAAGGUGGCUCCCGCCAAGAAGCAGAAGAAGACGCCGCUUCCUGUUUGGCUGCCGCUUACUAUCCCAAAGGUUCCCGAGAAGGGCGACUUUGACGUCAAGCGCUUGAGAGAGAGCAAGUAUUUCUUCUCAUGA